UGCGUCAGGAGGUCGUCGGGCAUUGGGGCAUACACAGGGCAAGCCGCCGGGUACCUGAUAUAAAGGGUGGUGCCUCCGCGAGCCUCCAUUGAUAAGCUUGGCACCGCAGGGAAGGCAAGAUGGGGACUCUAUCGGCCGUUCUGGUUUUCGCCUUCCUCGUAGUGGCAGAGGUCCACGGGUGCUCUGACGGCUUCGAGGACGUCGGAGGGCAAUGUUUCUCCUUCCGUUCCGAAAUGCUCACGUCCUGGGAACAGGCGAGGAAUAGCUGCUCUACGCUGGGCCCCAACGUGGUCCUCGCCUCUAUCACCGACCCCAACAUCCACCGCGACGUCUACGAGUACAUCCAGACAUUUGGUCUGUCCGGGUCCUUCUGGCUGGGCGGGAGCGACGCGGAUUUCGAGGGUGACUGGCAUUGGCUGGACGGCAGUCGUAUCCUCAGGGGGACGCCUUUCUGGGCCAUCCACAACGGCGUCCUGGGCUGGUCUCAGGAGCCCGACGGGGGCAGCAACGAGAACUGUCUGGCGCUGGACCAGGAGAGGAAAUACUACUUCAACGACCUGCCGUGCGCCGAGGGCCACCACCCGCUGUGCCAGGAGCUGGAACGAGUGCAGAAUAGUCAAGGAGAUAGAAGAGAGUUAGUUAGGCCUUAUGAAAACGUCACACACCUUUCCAUAUGCAUCUUGAGAAGGAAAGGGACUCCAGACACUGGUGGCAUCGUGAAGGGCCUGAUCUGCCUCGUCGUCAUCCUGUUCGUGGCGUGCUGCCACGGGUGUAAUGUUGGGUACGAGGACGUGGCGGGCAAAUGCCUGAACUUCUACGUGAGCGCCUCGCUGACGUGGGACGAGGGUAAGGCGUACUGUGAGGCCAACGGCGGCGUGCUGGCGAGUAUAAAAACAGCGUCCGAACUCAGAGCCGCCUUCGAGUAUAUCAAGUACUACGGCCUGAUUGAGUCCUUCUGGCUGGGCGGGUCGGACGCGGCGGUGGAAGGGGACUGGUCGUGGAUCGUGGAUGGCACCAGGAUUGACAAGGGCACCCCGUACUGGGCUCUCUCCUACGGCAUCUUCGGCUACUCCCACGAGCCCGAUGGCGGCUCCGAUGAGAACUGUCUGCUGAUGGACUCCAAGCGGUACUACUUCUUCGCCGACGCAAACUGUGCCCAAACUAACCACGUCCUGUGCCAGCAGGUGUAACGCUCGGGAACUACUACUAAUCCUUCUGAUGCUGCUGCCGCUACUAUUUCAAACCAAAACAAACAUUCAUACAAACAAAACUGUAUUCCUGAAGAUACCAGAGAAAAAUCCCAGUAGCCAUAGUAAGCAUUCAAUAAAGAUUCUUCACUUUC